GCUCCUCUCCCUGGGAGGGGAGCGAGUUGGCAGAUGUGCGUGAGGAGGUCCCUGGUCGGCCUCACCUUUUGUACCUGCUACCUGGCUUCUUACCUCACGAACAAGUAUGUCCUAUCUGUCUUGAAAUUUACCUACCCUACAUUAUUCCAAGGGUGGCAGACAUUCAUUGGUGGACUUCUGCUUCAUGUGUCAUGGAAACUGGGCUGGGUGGAGAUCAACAGGAGUUUUAGAUCUGAUGUUUUCACAUGGCUUCCUGCUUCGGUGCUGUUUGUGGGUAUAAUCUAUGCUGGGUCCAGAGCCUUGUCCAGAUUGGCUGUUCCUGUGUUUCUCACUUUGCAUAAUGUAGCUGAAGUUAUCAUCUGUGGGUACCAGAGGUGUUUUCGGAAAGAGAAAACAUCUCCUGCAAAGAUCUGUAGUGCCCUCUUCCUCCUGGCCGCUGGAGGGUGCCUUCCGUUCAACGACUCCCAGUUUGAUCCAGAUGGAUAUUUUUGGGCUGUAAUUCACUUAUUCUGUGUGGGAGCUUACAGAAUACUGCAGAAGUCCCAGAAGCACAGCACGUUAAGUGACAUUGACCAGCAGUACUUAAACUAUAUAUCCAGUGUGGUGCUCCUGGCAUUUGCAUCUCAUCCCACAGGUGAUCUCUUCAGCGUCCUGGACUUCCCAUUCCUGUAUUUCUACAGAUUCCAUGGCAGCUGCUGUGCCAGUGGAUUUUUGGGAUUCUUUCUCAUGUUGAGUACAGUGAAGCUAAAAAUCCUUCUGGCCCCAGGGCAGUGUGCAGCCUGGAUUUUCUUUGCUAAGGUAAUCACAGCUGGUUUAUCAAUAUUGCUGUUUGAUGUUAUCCUGACCAGUGCAACCGUGGGGUGCCUCCUGCUUGGUGGCUUUGGAGAGGCCUUGCUGAUUUUCUCAGAGCAAAAUGGCUCUUAAAGAAGACAGUCAAGAAGAGGAGACUCACAGAUUGCCAUCUGGAGGAUACAGCCCUGGGCUUGGAGCUCCCUGCUGAGUGUGUCAGAAAGAGGAACAGAGUGCAGUGAUACCAGGUGGGCAGCGCCAAAAACCUAGUCCUGCCCUGACCAAGUUGAAUGUGGUGGUGGUUGAUGAUGCAAAGGUCCCACUGCAUCUCAUUGUUUCAGGAAGAACUUUCUGGGGUCUCCAGGCUGCUACAGAAGAAUGGUUCAUGUUAUGUCUUACCAUUUUGAGACUCUCUCUUGACCGCACUACACCCAGUUCUGCAGAAACAGAAAAUACAAGAUUUCCCCAGGAUGGCCCUGCCCCCCUUGAUUGGCCUGCAGGCCUCUGUGCACUAAACUAACAAGCUUUCAGUAUGAGGCCA